GACUGUUUCCGUAAUAGAUCUGUGAAUAUGUUGUGCUCAAUGUGAAUAAGGCUGGCUGUCGUUUCUCACUCUCUAUAGCUCUAAGGGUGGACUUUACCAUGGAUUUUCCAGAAGACUUUAACCAGCUGGACUUGCUGGAGUCUCAUGGCCACAUGAUCCCAGUAGGAACAAAGAGUGGCUGGGUGGAUGAGGAGGAAGGAGAUGAUGAUGAAACCUGCCACACUGAAGAAUGGUAUCAACAACAGGAGUUUAAAUUACAAGACACUCCGACUGAACUAAUAUUAUGGGCCUCUGAGAGGAACAGAUUAACCACAGUAGAACAUCUCCUUGCGUUGGACCCAACACUUGCUAACUGUCAUGAUAGUGAUGGUUACACUCCUCUACACCGAGCUGCUUACAGUGGACAUUAUGUCAUUGUUUCUGCUCUUUUGAAUGCUGGAGCAAAUCUUCAUGCAAGAACUACUGAUGGUUGGAUGCCACUACAUAGUGCCUGUCGCUGGGGUCAUGCCACUGUAGCUUCAUGUCUUUUGAAUUGGGGGGCAGAUGUCAAUGCCUUGACAGCGGGGCGACUCACACCCUUACAACUGGCUGCUGGAAAUACUGCAGCUGGGCAGACAAUUGAGUUAUUGCUGUCACAGCGCACACUACAGGCAGGACUAAAAAACAGUGCUGGAGAGACUGCUUAUGACAUUGCGCAUCGCACAAGUGAAUAUCAUAGGCUGUUUGAGAUGGCAGAGGCUUGUAAUAAAAUAUACUGACACAUGAGCACAGGGUGAAAUUCUGACAACAAAUUGAAUAAAUCUGACAUAAAUUGUAGAUGAAAUUACUCUGUUUAUCUAUGAGUAGCAGAGUACAUUGACAUCUAUCAAAAAAACAUGGAACAGGAAAUAAGCAGAUGUCCACAACAAUGUAAUUAUAAUAAUUAAAAAUUAUAAGCAUGUCUGAGUGUGUGAAGCAUGAAGAGGGGUCAUUUUCUGUGCACAAUGUGCUUGAAAUCACAGCUCCACUCUGAAGAUCAGAAAAUGCUUCUCAUUUAACUAUUUUAAUCACUUUUGCAGUUCAUUUUAUUUCUUCUGCACUAUGACAUGAAUUUUAAAAGUACAAAUAUUCUAUGUAGUCUCUACAUUUCUGUGUACGUCAAAUCUUUAAUAAAUAUAAAAUCUUGGAUGGAU